GACUGCUGCAACAAUGACAUCUGAAGAAAAGAAGGAGCGACCAGUAAGCAUGAUAUGUGAAGCAACUAACUAUAAUCUGACAUCAGAUUAUGCUGCUCAUCCAAUGAGCCCUGUGGGCAGAACAUCACGAUCUUCAAAGAAGGUUCAUAAUUUCGGAAAGAGAUCAAACUCAAUAAAGAGAAAUCCUAAUGCACCAGUUGUCAGACGUGGCUGGCUCUACAAACAGGAUAGUACUGGAAUGAAGUUGUGGAAGAAACGGUGGUUUGUGCUCUCAGAUCUGUGUCUCUUCUAUUACAGAGAUGAGAAAGAAGAAGGAAUACUAGGUAGCAUACUUCUACCUAGUUUUCAGAUAUCUGUGCUUUCUCCUGAGGACCAUAUUAACCGCAAAUAUGCCUUUAAGGCAGCUCAUCCAAACAUGAGGACCUAUUAUUUCUGCACAGAUACAGGGAAGGAAAUGGAGUUGUGGAUGAAAGCCAUGACAGAUGCAGCACUUGUGCAGACAGAGCCUGUGAAAAGAGUAGAGAAGUUAACCACUGAAAAUACACCACCUCGAGAGGCUAACAAUAUUUCAAACCAUCGAGUGCUAAUUAAGCCAGAGGCACAAAAUAACCAGAAAAACAAAGAAGUGAACAAAAAUGAGGAGAAGAAAGCUUUGGAAGCUGAAAAAUAUGGAUUCCAGAAAGUUGGGCAAGAUAAACCAUUAACAAAAAUUAAUAGCGUAAAGCUAAAUCCUUUGGGAUCCGAAUACAGGACUUUACCCAUAACCACAAUUCAGGCUGGACACUUCAGGCCAGUUAAUUUAAAUGGGUCUGAGAAUAAAACUGUUGGUGUUGUCCUGGCAGACACUGGAGAUGGUCAGCACAAUGCGGUUCAGUCACAUAUGGAGUCUGAACGAGUAAUGCAGAGAACUAAUUCAAUGCUGCAGUUGGAACAGUGGAUUAAAAUACAAAGAGGAAAAGGACAAGAGGAGGAAACAAGAGGCAUAAUCUCAUACCAGACAUUACCAAGAAACAUGCCAAGCCAUCGACCUCAAGUUUUACCCCGGUACCCAGAAGGCUACAGAACACUGCCAAGAAACAGCAAAGCACGGCCGGAGAGCCUCUGCAGUGUAACGCCUUCAGCUUACGACAGAGCCAUAGGACCAGUAACAGCUGAAGAAAAGCGGAGGUCAAUGCGUGAUGACACAAUGUGGCAGCUCUAUGAAUGGCAGCAACGUCAGUUUUACAAUAAGCAAACAACUCUUACUAGACAUAAUACUUUAAGUAGCCCAAAAACUAUGAUUAAUAUUUCUGAUCAGACGAUGCAUGCGAUUCCCACCUCACCUUCUCAUGGUUCGAUCGCUGGUUUCCAAGGGUAUUCCCCACAGCGGACCUACAGAUCAGAAGUGUCUUCACCAGUGCAAAGGGGAGAUGUAACUAUUGAUCGCAGACACAGGACACAUCAUACUAAGCAUGUCUUUGUGCCUGACAGAAGGUCAAUGCCAGCAGGUCUGAGUUUACAGCCUGUUACUCCUCAGAGCCUCCAAGGCAAAACACCAGAGGAGCUCACGCUGCUGCUAAUAAAGCUGAGACGGCAGCAAGCUGAACUGAGUAGUAUCCGGGAACACACACUAGCACAGCUCAUGCAACUAAAACUUGAGGCCAGCAGCCCAAAGAAUGAGAUUCUUUCACAUCACCUUCAAAGGAAUGCCAUAUAUUUGGAUCAUCAGAUGAAAGAGAAUGAACCUUUAAUCACCAUGGUUCACACUAUGAUUGAGAACUCGGCGCUAAGACCGCAACUGUACCAGCAAUUAACACAAGAAGAAUGUAGGGGUACACUAUACAAAUAUAGAACUGAAGAGCUGGAUAUUGACGCUAAGCUUAGCCGUUUAUGUGAACAGGAUAAAGUUGUACAAGCACUGGAAGAGAAGCUUCAACAGCUACACAAGGAGAAAUACACGCUUGAGCAAGCUUUGCUAUCAGCAAGUCAGGAAAUAGAAAUGAAUGCAGAUAAUCCCGCAGCCAUACAAAAUGUAGUCUUACAGAGAGAUGACUUGCAGAAUGGACUACUUAGCACUUGUCGAGAAGUAUCACGAGCUACUGCAGAACUGGAAAGAGCUUGGAGAGAAUAUGAUAAAUUGGAGUAUGAUGUAACUGUAACAAGGAACCAUAUGCAGGAGCAACUUGAUCGGCUUGGAGAAAUUCAGACUGAGUCAGCAGGGAUACAGCGUGCUCAGAUUCAGAAGGAACUGUGGAGAAUUCAAGAUGUGAUGGAGGGUUUAAGUAAACAUAAAGAGCAAAGAAGCUCUUCAGAGGCAGGCAUCAUGGGAUCAAGGACAUUUUCAGCUAUUAAAUAUAAAAAUGAGGAAGAGGAAGUAGUCCCACCUCGUCCUCCACUCCCUCGGUCCUAUGACUUUACAGAGCAUCCUCCCAUAAUCCCCCCUCUGCCCAGUGAUAGCAGCUCCUUGCUCUGUUAUAGCAGGGGCCCAGUACAUCUGCCAGAAGAAAAGAAGAUUCACCAAGUUCAAGGAUAUCAGAGAAAUGGAUCUUACUGUGGUCCUGAUUAUAGGCUUUAUAAGAGUGAACCAGAGUUAACUACAGUAGCAGAAGUGGAUGAGUCUAAUGGUGAAGAAAAAACAGAACAAAUUUCAGAAUCAGAAUCUACAGCUAAAGGCUCACAUUUUCCUGUGGGAGUUGUACCACCCAGAACCAAAUCACCAACACCAGAGUCUUCAACAAUAGCAUCCUAUGUCACUUUGAGGAAGAAUAAGAAGAUAGAUCUAAGAACGGAAAGACCAAGAAGUGCAGUGGAGCAGCUGUGUCUUGCAGAAAGCACACGGCCUCGAAUGACUGUGGAGGAACAGAUGGAAAGAAUAAAGAGACACCAACAAGCUUGCCUGAGAGAGAAGAGAAAAGGACUCAAUAUUAUUGGUGUUUCAGACCAGUCUCCUUCACAAAGCCUGUCGUUUGUGAGAGAUAAUCCAUUCAAAUUGGCGCAGAAUCGAAAAAAGGAUGAUACUGUGUCUAGUAACAUGAAGGAAUUAGAGAGCACCAGUAAAGAAAAUAAUUUGAAACAAAAUAAUGGAAGUCCUGGAGAAGAAAUAGCGCAACUAAAACAUGAUGGGGAACAAGAACAUAAUUCAGGUUUUACUAAAGAGCUGACAAAAACUGAUGAUCUUUUAUCAGAUGCACAUGUUGUAUCUGACUCGAAAGAAGUGAGUAAUGAAGAGAAAGCAGAAAAGGAAAAGAAAAAUAAAUUGGAAGAAACACAUGAUGGUGAUAUAAGCUUGCAGAGUGUGACCACAGCUACAAACCACAAACCCAAAACCAGCUCAGAAGAAAGUGAAGUAGUUAGCGUUCAAGAACAAGGAGGGAUUAUUUCUUCAUUUGAAUUAGCAGCACAGUCUUUAAAAGGAAAUGAGGCAACAGCAGUGAAAAGUUUGCCUUCUUCACCAGAAUCAUCAUUGUCACCAGUUCCAUCUACACAGACACAGCUCACAGAAGGAUCACAUUUCAUCACUAAUGGCUUCUGUUGA